GACGAGGACGAUGACAUUUGCUGCGAUUCCUACUUGAGUUUUCUAGGAACAUUCUUGUCAACAGUGGCAUAACCUCGCCUUUUGUUUCCUUUCUGACGACUUGAUUUCCGAUAACUCAUCGGCCCGUCCGCACACUGGACGCGUUUGGAAAGAUUGCCUCGCUGCAUCCAGGGCAAUGGUGAACAUUGCUACAACAGUGAAAGGGCAGACUUCGUCACGACCGCAAAGUGCAAUUUAUAGCAGGGAGAGUGAAAGUGAAGACCUCCACGGAAAGAUACUGCCGCAUGAAAGAGCUCGCACACUCGUACAAACGGACAACAAUAGAGAUGUUGGCCGUCCAUCCAAAACCCGCUCGCUCUAUGAUCACCCGCCCCUUGGCCCUAAUGAGGAGAAGAAGAGGGAGGCAAAAAAGCGCACCUCAAUAGCAUCCCCGUCACUAGAACAUACAUCAGAGUCGAAAGGUGGGAAGUCUGCAACGCACCAACCUCCGGCGACUCGAAGUUCUUUAGCCAAGCAUCGUCUCUCUGCCCCGCCGGCGGCCGAGCCGUCCCCGCAGAUAGCAGGGAUUGAGUCUGAUCUACCUCCCGAAACGUUAGAAAGCGCAACAGAGGCUCGAUUGAGAAAUUUAACAAUUGACACGCAAUCAAUAGUUUCUUCCAUGAGAUCAUUUUCGGCUAGCGCCACGUCCACCUUGCGGAGUGAAUCAGGAUCGUCGCGAGCGAGUCUUUCGUCAGACGAUAUAAUUUAUAUUGUCUCUAGUGACUCCUUGGAGAAUUCUGUGGUUUCUGAUACAUCGGACAUGCGGGAAUCGCCAGAUGCUGUUAAUGCUAUGAUUGCCAUAGAUGGCUCAUCGCCUGUAUCGAAUGACGUCAGCCCGGCUUCCCCGAUUGUUGAUACAAAAAAGCGCGAAAAUAUUGCCCGAGAGAUACUUGACAGCGAGCGACGCUAUGUGGACAGUCUCCUGUUAUUGCAAACGCUUUUCCUGAAUCCUCUAAUGGCAGCAGUUGGUACAACAUCUGAGGUUAUCCCUAAAAAAAUUGUUCAGAGUAUUUUCUCUGAGCUGGCCGGAAUCAUCAAUGUGAAUAUGGAAUUGAGAAAGCAGCUUGAAGCUCGACUCGAGGAGCAUCCAUGGAACCCCGUAGACGGCUGCCUAGGCGACAUUUUCCUGAAUUUGGCACCCUUCUUGAAGAUGUAUUCUUCGUACGUCAAGAACUUCAACACUGCACUGUCAGUCGUGUCGGAGCAGAUAAGCAAAAAUCCCGCAUUUGCUCAGUUUGUAACGAAACAAAACGCCAAUCCUGAUCUCAAAGGGCUUGGAUUUCAAGCUUAUCUCAUCAUGCCCGUCCAGAGAAUUCCACGAUAUAAAAUGCUUGUGGAGGACUUACUGAAACACACCGAAGUUGAUCACCCUGACCACUCCACCUUGCAAAAAUCCCUCGAAACUAUUGCCGAAGUUGCGGUUUUCGUAAACGAAACAAUCCGGCAUCAUGAAAUGAUGCAGGAACUUAUUGAGAUGCAAAAGUGUAUUCGCGGUCUGCAAGAAGACCUGGUAACCCCUGGUCGACGGCUGAUACGUCGGGGCAAAGUACAAAAGAUAUGCCGCAGAAGACACCAAACCCGAUACCUUAUUCUUCUGUCCGAUUUCUUGAUUUAUACCAGUCCCGGUAUUCUGGAGGAUCAAUACGUAUUCCAUCGAAAGCUAGACCUAGAGCUAUGUCAAGUCAUUGACGUUCCCGACACCCAAGAUCUUCAGCACAUAUUUCAGAUUGUCAGCCCCGAAAAAUCUUUUGCAAUGUAUGCAGACUCGCAACAGGAAAAGGAGGACUGGAUUAAAGCUAUUGAUGGAGCCAUCCGGGAACUGAGAAGCAACAAGAGUACUCUCCGAAGUGAACAUGGAGACAACUGGUAUGCAAAUGAGAAGAAGAAAAAGAUGCAUCAUUACAGUGCACCAGUUUGGGUACCAGACAAUUGUGCCAACAGCUGUAUGCUCUGCUCCCAAGAAUUCAACAUCAUCAAACGAAAGCAUCAUUGCAGAGCGUGCGGCAAGGUCGUCUGUCAUGCCUGUUCAAGUCGGUAUUUCAUCAUCCCAGGGCUCGACGAAGAUAGACCUGCGCGAGCAUGCAAUCCAUGCUAUGACCGCAUCUCUAAAGAGGGAAAACUUCAAGUGGUGCAGGCAGACCAAGGCAGCGAGUCGCCCAUGACCCCUGCUGAUGCCAAUAUCAACGUACCUCUUCCUCGACCGAGACAGAUGCCACGACGGGUGCGUCCUGUCUCUAUGGCCCCUCAAGUUUGGAGCAUGCUCGGACGCAACUUUGUUGAGGAUCCAUCGACGUUCAGAGACCCGGUGACACCCCAACGACCUGGAAGCGAGAUUGGCGUGGCCAACUCGCCACUCGCGGCUGCAAGAGAAUGUUCACUUUGUAAAGAUCCCUUCUCGAUUAUGAAGUGGAAGUACCAAUGCUCAAAAUGCGAUCGCAUCGUAUGUGGCGGAUGUGCCCCUAAAAAACCACAAUUUGAUGUAUGUGACCCAUGCCAUCGAGGAAUCGACCCUUCUGACGUUGUGGUAGAUGAAGAAGGGGGAGGUUGGAGCGCCCGUUAUGUCCCAGACGACGAAACUGUUGAGGAGACACCAGCGAUACUAUGAUACGACUUUUACGACAUUUAAAUACCCCCAGAAUCAUCAUUUCCUGAAGCGCUAAUGCUCGCAUAUGUAGAUAGUAAAUCGUAGAGUUUCAAAUAAAUAGAAGGACUGUAAAACCGUGCUGUAUCUGCGUUGGAUAAAAUGGAUCGGCCACUCUCUAGAAUCAUAAUAACGGCAAAAAAGUGAUAAAAAAAGAGAAGAUU